UGUUGAGGUUAAGUUCUGUAGUUCUGUAAUUAAAGUAUUUAAGUUAUUUCACUAUGAUCCCGCGUGUGACACAAAAUAUAAUUCAAAUGAUACGUAUAGUGGAACAAAAUGUUAAGAAUAUAUUUGGCCAUCCACCAAACGAGUUAGCGCUUGCUUAUGUACACGAAAAUCCGGUACAGCAAAGAAAGCAGUUUUCUUUGAAGGAUAUUGUUGGAGAUGGAUUUCUACUGGCAGUACCGAAAUUUCGAAGGACGGUGGAAAAGAGAUGGAAAAGAAAAUUCGGAUCACCUGAAUAUAUUUGGAAAAUGCUUGUUCCUAAAACAAACAUAAUUGUGUGUCAUGAAUGUGGUCAUAAUCAUGAGCGAGGACGGCUAUGUGGUAACUGUUAUAAGAAAAUUGAAGCGGAAACUAAAGAAAUCCAAGAUGUUAUAGUUGAAAAGUUGGGAAAUAAGCCCAUUGAAAAUGAUGUCAUUGUUUUGUAUGAGGGUGAAAACUUACCAGAACAGCCUAAGCAAUUUUGGGAAGGAAGAAGAAUUAUUGAAAUGAAGAAAGAAAGACCCAGUUUUUUCAGUAAAAAUUUGUUGCAAAAAACUACGCAACAACCUUCAGAGUCUACAGAUGUGAAACCAACAGAUUUAGCAUAGAUGUAGUUCGUAAAUACAUAUAAUAAUUUGAUGAUAGAAUUAGGCUUAUUAUAAAAUGAUUAAAACACAGAUGAAAAUA